AUGGCUGAAGAAAUGGAUAAAACUGGUGAUUAUGAACAAGGUAGUAAUUGCAAGAGAAAAUUAAAUCAUGAGUUUUCGAUGGUUCCGGCCGACCGUUCCUCGAAUGUGGAUGGUGAUUUCUCUCUCUAUGGAUUUACGAAUCUGCCCGACUUAAAUGAAUUUGAUCCGUCGGGAUUGGAUUUAGAUUGUUAUACUGAAGAACCGCAAUUGCGUGUGCUCGAGGUUGAGGAUUGGAAGGAUCCUAUGGCAACUAAGCUUGAGGAGUUACUGAUGAGUAAUUUGGAUUCAAUUUUCAGAAAUGCAGUUAGAAAGGUUGUUGAUUUAGGUUACAGUCAAAAAAUGGUUGAAACGGCUCUUUCAAGGAAGGCCUUAUAUGCAGAAGGAGACCUUCUCAUGAAUAUUGUAUGCUACACAGUGAAAAAUUUGAAGGAAAAUUGUAGUGAGAAUAUUGCAGGAUUUGAAUUUAAAAGCUUUAAGCAGUUACUGCAUUAUUUCUUGGUAGAGAUGAUUGGUAUACUUCGCGAACUAAUGCCUUCCAUGACUGUAACUGAAGCAAUGUGGGAGUUGCUGAUUCAUGAUUUGAGUAUUACGCGUGUCAUUAGGGCAGAAGAGCAGUCGAGUGAUGUUUCUAACGAGCAAAGCUCUGGCAAGUCUUCCGUUCCCCCAUCUAAGCUGGAGGUUCAAAGCAUUGAUAUAAUUUCAGACUCCAGUUCGACGACUAGCCAAAAGGGCUCUCAGGAAAGUAAAUCAGGAUCUAAUUCAAAGCUGAAUAGUAGAAAAGAACUUGCAUUCGCACUUAGGCAGAAGUUCAUUCACAUGGAGAAAACUAAAGCUUGUGGAAAAGGGGGUGUUAAAUUAGCUAAGCUUACUAGCGUAAGUGGUUUGAUUGUUGAAAAAAGACUUAAGCCACAAUCUGAAAUUCCGAAUCAGAAAAUGAAACGCAGCUCCUCAAAUACAAAAGGAGUUGGUAAAGCAGAAAAAGGAGUUAGUAUAGCAGGCUUAUGCCAUGUUUCAACCAAUGAUGAUUCAGCUUUACCUGAAGGAGGCAAUCUCCCAAUGGAAACAAUCAAACCAAAACCUAAGCUAUGCUCCUCUGUCACUCAAAAGGUUCUAAAUUACUGUGCUCGUAUUCCUUUUGACAAGAUUUCGGGCAAGUAUAUCCCAAGGGAUGAGAAGGACGAACAAAUUUUGAAAUUAGUUUCUCGAGCGCAAGAAUUGCAGGAUGAGCUACAAAGCUGGAAUGAUUGGACGAAUAAGAAGGUUAUGCAGGUAGCUGAUAAGCUUCGCAAGAUUCAGGCUGAGUCUAAUUCUCUGAAAAAAGAAAUGGAAGCAUAUAGAAAAGAAAGGAAAGCUUUAGAGGAGAAUGCUGAGAAAAGGAUCACUGAAGUGGAGAAUGCUACGGAAAAUAAUAAAAAACAAAUUCAGAGUGCUGCUUCUUCCAUAUUCAUUCUAGAGACAAAAAAAUCAUUGCUAGAGAAGGAGUUGGAGUCUGCUAGGUUGUUAGCUGAACAGUCGAUGGCAACCCAUCAAGAAGCACUGGAGAGAGAGCGGAUGGCUAUUCAACAAGCUCAGUCAUGGAAAUCGGAGAAGGGGUUGCUUCAAGAUGAACUUGAGAAAGAGAAGCAAACAUUAUCUAAGCUGCAACAGGAGAUAGAAAAGGGGAAAAAUGUUCUAGCCAAUACCGAGGCUAGAGUCAAAAAGGAGAAAGCUAAGACAGAGAAGAUCCUUGCUCAGGCUGCAUACUUUAGUAAAGAAAGAGAACAAUAUGAAGCACACAUGAAAGCUGAGGAGGAUGCCAUUAGAAAGAAGGCAGCUAGUGAACUGCAGGAAUAUGUGGAAAGCAUGGUAAAGCUCGAGAAUGAAAUUGCUAAACUGAGGCUCAAAUCUAAUUCCAAUAAAAGUAUUUCAUCUGUGGUGAAAGAAAACAAGAAAUCUGAGACGUCUACAACAGGGAGCUGGGAAGGUGGAAAAUUGUUGAAGCGGGAGCACGAGUGUGUCAUGUGUCUCUCAGAGGAGAGGUCGGUUGUUUUUCUGCCAUGCGCACAUCAGGUUUUGUGUCCGACAUGCAAUGAGCUCCAUGAGAAGCAAGGAAUGAAGGAAUGCCCUUCAUGUAGGACUCCAAUUGAGAUUAGGAUUCGUGCCAAAUUUCUUGGGCAGCAGUAG